AUGGAAACUUGCGACUCGGAUGCGUUGCGUUCUGCGCGGCGGUUCUCAUUCGGGCGCACUAUCUCCUACGUGCCAACUCGAUGCUUUCAAGGCGUUGAAAAUCGUCUCAAACAUGAAUGUGGACGACUUAUAGACUGUUGCCCAACAAUAGCAAUGUGUGAUCUUGUUAUGACCGAAUCAACAUCGAGGAAAGCCAUUAAAGAAUUUCAAGCUGAGAUUGUCAGAAGGGCGAAGGAUUGUGAGAAAGGGCUGCAAGUCAAUUCGCUGCCUUUGCCGAGAGGCCUCCUUCCCGUACAACCUGAUUUCGCCAAGUGGGCGCCAAGCGGCUACGUCAGUGUACAUUUCAAUGAGGUCAUCAGUGACGAAAUUGGGAAAGGACACGUUUUUCUUGGUGACAUAAACACUCAGCCGAACAUGAAGACUGUCUUCAACGCACUCUACAAUGGUGAGUACUCUCACCACAUCAGGAUCUCCAACGCCUUCGGUCAACGUAUCAGAUGUACAAUCAAGCUGACCAACAUGAAGCAUCUUGGUAUCGACCCGACUUGCGGUAUGCUCGACCCCAAGGAUGAAAGGAAAUAUGAACAAAAAACGGCAAACACUUGUUCUAACUUGGGCGUUUCGGCCAACAGUAGUGUCUUAGAGGCAAACACUCAUCAAAACAAGAGCGAAUCGAAGAAACAUGAAACAGAAAAAUCUGUAGAACGUUAUGAAGAAGAGCAAGCACCAAAGAAUACGAACUGGCACAAGGAGACAGUGCAAAAAAAGAGCACAGGCGAUGCUGUUCGUGAGGAACACGAUGGCUUGCUCACACCUAGACAGGGCGCAGCUGAUAUCGGUGACACACGAAAGGUUGCUCGGUCGGAAUCACCACUCAUCGUCGGGAGUGUCGAGCCGGCUGAGCCAACAGCAUCAGGAUCAGUGCGAAGUCUGGAUAUUUUCCCAGACGAAAACGGCCACCUGCGUGAUGCACAAAUUGUAACAUCGGCUCCUGUAAUUAUUCUUGCGAAUGAUAGCGGUUCAGAGAUCAAGAACAUGACUAAUCAUUGGUAUAGCAAAGUCAAAAUGCUUUCAGAGGCACCCAACUACAUCGAACCAGGAGCGAAUGGCGUUCGGACCUCUGCAAAGGAAUGUUAUCCACUGGAAGCGAAAAGGUUGACUAAAAAUCGUGUUGAGAACGUUAGAAAAGACGGAAUGGAGAGGUUGAUACUCUCUGGCAUCAGUGGAACUAUGGGAAUGAGUGUUGACAGCGGUGGAAUAACUACUGAGAAAGACGAGUUUGUCAGUAAGCCAAGCGAUCAGAAGGAUCUCCACAAUACCUGGAUGAAGCAGGGCUAUAAACUAGAGAUGCAGAAGAAGAAAAAUAAGCUCAACGGCAAUUCACCUAACCGAGGCAGAAACGAAACUUCUUGCGAUCUAUACAUGCGAUGUCGUAACCAAAUGCAUCUUGCUGUCGACAGCUGUGCUUGGCGAUUCGCUAACGGCAAAAUACUUCCCACUUUAGCGGAAAGUGCCGAAAGCCUCCUUUAUAAGGUGCUAUUUCUUCAACAUUUUGGUCUUUGA